GGUUUAUGAUGGGCUCUGUGCUGAGCCACCUCAACAGGCAGAGAAGGGGGGAAUCUAUGUCCCUGUGGGAUCUGACCUGUUGGGGCUGGGCUGGAGCCAUGAGGAAUGGCCAUUUAUUACAGGUAAAAUGCAGGCAGCAGGUCCUCACUGAAGCAGAUGAGUUGAAAGAGGUGGGCUGCACGUGGUCAGAGCCUGAGCAGCCAGGGCUGAGGGCUCCGAGGGCUCCAGAGUAUGAGUGCUCACAGCCUGGGGAACUGGGCUCGAGGCAAUGCUCUGCCAGGGCUGGGAGAUGCAGCUGGGCACAGCUGAUAUCAGCCCUGGGGACUCACUGAAAUGGCACUGUCCCUGCCUGCAGGCUGCUGGUUUUGGGACAUGUUCAAAGCCUGGGUGGGUGAGCUGGGUCUGGGAGGGGUGCUACACCACCCACCGCAGUCCUCUACGCUGCUGAGAGUCCCUUGGGUCUCCUCUGCAGAUGGGCUCUUUGUGACAGACUACUUCACCCGCACGCCACGCAAGCUCAGCCCCUUCCGCUCCUUUGCCAGCAUCGAGCUCUUCCACUUCCACAUCCCCGAGGACACGGUCAUCGCCGUCUGGAACCUUAUCACCUUCAAGGAGCAGGGUGGCACAUUUGGGGAUCAAUGUCCAGACCGUAGUAUCACCGUGUAUUUCCGCUCAGGGGCUCCCUCCGUCAUUAACCCACUGCACACACACUUCCCCAGGGACACGGCAGUCCCUGGCUCCUUUGCACUGACCCUGACCUGGACCCUGCCCAACCGCACCACGGGGGUGUUCAAUGUCACCAGUCCGCUGCCUGGGGACUGGUUCCUGGCUGCCCACCUGCCCAAAGAUGAAGGCAAGAUCUCCGUCAAGGGGCUCUAUGAGGAGUGCCAGUAUCUCUUCCAGCCACAGCUCAUCGUGCAGCGCUUGGUGAACAUUGCCGUGCUGUACCCUGGUUACGUCACCGAGCAGAGCAUGGCUCCCCACAACCGCUCCUGCCUCUACAAGGUGUUUGUGCCCAGCUACACGUCGCGAGUGCUAGUGGAGGUGCUGCGGUGCCGCGGGGUUGAGGGCUGCCCACUCUGGCUGCGUGUGCGAGCCAAGGCUCCCCCCCUGCACAACUCCACAGCACUGGACUGCCGGGAGCACACUCCCUGCCAGCUGGAGCUGGACCUGCCCUUCUGGCAGCACUGGUACUACGUGCUGGUGGAGAAACACCCUGGGGUGCCAGGCACAGUCUCCUUCCAGGUCACCGUGCAGCUCACAGACUGCUCCCGACCCAGCCUGGCUCGGCCACCCUUCCUGCCCUCCAGCGCCUCCAUGAACAUGCCCCACUCCUUUGGCGCCUUGGGUGGGUUGGCAAUGGGGGACAGCCCUCCACCUGCCAGCCCUAAUGGCACAAAGCACCCGGACCCCAUCCCCACCGCCUCGUCUGCCGGUGAGCGGUGCUGGCCAGUCCGCCCCACACUGCGCAAUGAGCUAGACACCUUCUCCGUCCACUUCUACAUCUUCUUUGGGCCCAACGUGUCAGUGCCACCCGAUCGCCCUGCUGUCUUUGUCAUCAACCUCCUACCGGUCCUGGACAGUGGUGGGGUGCUCAACCUGGAGCUGCGGCUUAAUGUGAGCUCCCUGUGUGGCGAGAACGUGACGGUGUUUGGAUGUCUGAACCAUGAAGUCCCACUGACGUCAGGUGACAACACAUCGGUCACCUGUGAGACAGAGUCCCUGGCAGGCUUCCUGCUCUCCGUCAAUGCCACGGCCAGCCUCAGCCGCCUGCGGAUCCCCUACCCCCAGACAGGCAGCUGGUACCUGAGCCUGCGCUCGCUCUGUGCCACAGAGCAUGGCUUUGAGCCCUGCACCAACGUGACGGCCGAGGUGUACCUGCGCGCCUACCUCUCGCCCUGCAUCAAUGACUGUGGCAUCUAUGGCCAGUGCAAGCUGCUGCGUACCAACAACUACCUGUAUGCUGCCUGUGAAUGCAAAGCUGGCUGGAAUGGCUGGGGCUGCACAGACAACGCGGAGGCUUUCUCCUAUGGCUUCCAGCUCCUCUCCACGCUGCUGCUGUGCCUCAGCAAUGUCAUGUUCGUGCCUCCCGUGGCCAUCGCUGUCCGCAGCCACUACCUCAUGGAAGCUGCCGUCUACAUCUUCACCAUGUUCUUCUCCACGUUUUACCACGCCUGUGACCAGCCAGGCAUUGUGGUCUUCUGCAUCAUGGAUUAUGAUGUUCUGCAGUUCUGUGACUUCCUGGGCUCCCUCAUGUCCGUCUGGGUCACUGUCAUCGCCAUGGCCCGGCUCCAGCCUGUGGUCAAACAGGCAAGUGCGGGGAGGGGGAGCGCAGAGUGUGCAUGGAGGGUACUGAUCCUGACGGGUGCCCCACAGGUGCUGUACCUGCUGGGGGCCAUGCUGCUCUCCAUGGCUCUGCAGAUGGACCGCCAUGGGCUCUGGAACCUGCUGGGUCCCAGCCUCUUCGCCUUAGGGAUCAUGGCCAUCGCCUGGACAGCUCGCACCAUCCGACGCCGCCACUGCUACCCACCGACCUGGAAGCGCUGGGCUUUCUACCUGUGCCCAGGAGCGCUGAUUGCAGCGGCUGCCGUGCUGCUCUAUGCCUUCGUUGAGACGGAGGAGAACUACUUCUACAUCCACAGCAUCUGGCACUUGCUCAUCGCCGGCAGCGUCGGCUUCUUGCUGCCACCUCGUGCCAAGCCCAGUGGGCGCCUGGGGCCGCUGCCCCGGCGCAAGGGCUGUGGGUACCAGCUCUGCGUCAAUGAACAGGAGGAGCUGGGGCUUGUCGAUCCGGCUGUGGCCUCCAUCAACAGUAUUUGUACCAGCUGAUGCUGACGGCAGUCUGGACUCCUCCGACACAGACAGCAGCCCCAUGGGGCCCAGCACUCACUCUCUUUACUGGCUGCCCAUCCCUGGGAGCGCCAGGACUCCUCUGAGUGGGCACAGAGCCACCCGUGCUGCCCUGUUCUUGCAAUUACAACCUGAUUGAACUUGU